AAUCGAAUUAAAGGGAGUACUUAAAACUAUUCAAUUUUGUAUAAUAUUGAAUAAUUUAUCGGAUAAAAUUACAUAUUCACUGCUGAGGGUCCCAACUAGCUAGUAAGACUAAACAGAAUAUAAAAAUUGAGGAAUAUCAUUUGUGGGGAAAUGCAAAAAUAACGACUUAGGCCGUCAAGAGUAAAUAAGUUAAUGCAAAACUGGCACACACCGGGAGAAACAUGCGACGCACCAACAACUAUCCCUACCAACCGCUGAACCAACAGCCAUCUGGUCCCAGUCCGGCCGGUCAUGAUGCGCUCGAGGCGGAAAACGAGCGCGCCGCUGAGGAGCUGAAACAGAAAAUAGGCGCCCUCAAGUCCUUAACCAUUGACAUUGGGAACGAAGUGCGCUACCAGGAUAAGCUACUGCGUGGCAUUGACGACGACAUGGAUCGGACAUCGGGGUUCCUGAGCAACACAAUGACGCGAGUCGUCCGCCUGGCCAAACAGGGUGGCGGGGCCAAACAGAUGUGCUACAUGUUCCUCUUUGUGCUUGUGGUGUUCUUGUUGCUCUGGCUGACGCUAAAGUUCAAAUAAUAGUCGGCCGCUGUUACUUUCUAAAAUAUAUACUAACAAUCUUUAUUAA